GUUUGUCAUCCUGUUCUCGAUCUUAUUAAUACAUGUUCCUUUCAAAGUUGGCCCAUAAAGGAAUGGAGCUGACCAAAGUUGUUCAAUUGUUGGAUGCCUAUUGCUUACCACACUUGGCCGAGAAGUGGGAUAAUGUUGGUCUCCUAAUAGAACCUUCUAUUCCGCACCAUGUGGAUAAGAUUUUUAUCACAAAUGAUUUGACAGAACAAGUACUCGAUGAAGCGAUUUCUCAAAAAUGUGGUCUGAUCGUUUCAUACCAUCCACCAAUUUUUUCUCCUCUUAAAAAGCUCACGCAACAGCAUUGGAAAGAGCGUAUAGUUGUACGUUGUAUAGAAAACAAAAUCGGGGUAUUUUCACCACACACCGGGCUCGAUGCAAAACUUGGAGGUAUCAACGAUUGGCUUUUAGAACCAUUAGGUAAAUUCAUACUAACUUUAUAUUCUUCUAUAGCUGUAAAUCGGAGAGAGAGUUUAUCUCGAUCACCAAUUACUCAAACUUUAUCCAGGUUGACCGUCGUUAUGAAUGAAAAUUUCGGAGACUUCGUCAUAUCUACAGGAGUAAGAGUGUCUACAACUAAUGUUAAGAGUAAUGCUGGAAUAACAGCUAUUGUUACUUGUGCCGAGUCCGAUUUAAAACGUGUUGUAGAUGUGACGGAGGAGCUUAAAAUUUCAGUUGUUAGCAUCGACACUAUUCAAAAGACAAGUGAAGAAGGGUGUGGCAGACUGGUCACUCUACAGUUUCCAAUUCAUCUAAAAACAGUUGUCGCUGCCUACAAAAAGUUUCUAAACAUGGGGCAUUUAACUGUAGCCCCAGGACUAGGUAAAACCCUCGACUGUCCAAUUAAAACAGUUGCUGUAUGUGCUGGUUCCGGUGGGUCGCUUUUAUGCCAAACACCAGCCUCAUUUGCUGCCGAUUUAUUUAUCACUGGAGAAUUAUCUCAUCAUGACCGUCUUGAGGCUGUUUCUCGUGGUAUUUCUAUUAUUUUAGCCGGGCAUUCUGUUACAGAAAGAGGAUUUUUCAGGGAAAGAUUUAUCCCAGACUUUCGUCAUCUUUUAUCAACUGUACAUAAUGCUGGUGAAAUCCCACACUUGGAAUUGUUAUUAUCCGACGCAGAUCAUGAACCAGGUUUUGUCGUUUAACAAAUCGCUAUUAUGUUUGUGUGAUUUUGUAGUAUUCAAUGUGUUACAACAGAUAUUUUUAGUUGCUUCACCGCUUUUUUUCAUUUCCUUCUUAAUACUAGAUAUUAUUGGUCUAUUACUAACUUGUAAAAUAAACCAUAACUAUCGUCUUAUUUGUUCUCAAAUUUCAAAUAACCGUUCCUUUGUUCACCCAGCUUCAGAGUUCACGACAAAUUUUUUUCUCUCUUUUGUACGAAAGUAAUUUAAUUGUAUACAGAGAUAUUUGUCUUAUGUAUCUGCUCUCCUG